CGCGGCCGCCCUUCUCGCCUCCUGCCUCCUCUCCCCCUCCCCGGCCUGUCCUGUGCAGAUGACCAACGACGCCCCGCCGCCGCGCGCGGCCGUGCGCCGAUCUCAACCUCGAAUUCGCGUCACCACCUCCGACGAUCUGGAGGAUUAUGACCUGCCGGACGCGGCCCCGGUGCCAAACCCGCGCCCGGUCGUCCGACAUGAUCCGCCGGCUCCCGCAGACACCCACCGGAGGCGCAGCCCCUCGCCGGGUCCCGGCCCGGGCCAGUGGCGCGCCCGGAGUCGCUCCCCGCCCCCGGGGCCCCGGAGUCGCUCUCCUCACGCAGGCCCUCGGGGCCGGUCUCCGGUUGGCCGAGGCCCUCGCGAUCGCUCGCCACAUCCGGGCCUCCGUGGGCGUUCCCCGCCGCCUGGCUUCCGCCACCGCUCCCGCUCGCCGGGCUUCCGUGGGGGAUCUCCGCCUCCGGUCCAUCGUCGACGCUCGCGCUCCCCGCCGGGGCCCUGGCAUCAGGGCCCCGAGCCCCACCGGCAUCGGAGGCCCUCUCCGGACGGCCGGCCUGACCAUCGACACCGGGGCCGGUCGCGCUCGCCACCCGCCCAUCACCGGCCGGGGGCCGGCCCGCCGCCACGUCGCCCGGCCCCUGGCAUUCUCCCCGCCGUGGGGCAAAUCAUUCGCGGCACGGUCAAGUCCCUGCACCCAUUCGGCGCCUUUGUCCACCUGCCGGCGCCUCACUCGAUGGAUGGCCUGGUGCACAUUGGCCAGAUCAUGAGCACUGGCGCGCGUCUCGGCCACCCGGAAGAGGUGCUGGAUGUGGACUCCAGCGUCAUUGUCAAGGUCCUGGAAAUUACGUUCCCCGAGCCGGAGGACCAGUUCCACCAUUCAUCCGGCCGGCGGAGGCCGCCCCAGCCGAAGAUCGGCCUCUCCAUCAAAUAUGUUGACCAGCGCACCGGUGAGGACUUGGACCCUGGCAAUAUGCUGUACAACGAACAGGCCCUUGGUCGGUCGGCCGGGCCGCGCGGUGGCCCGACGGAUUCCCGCCGGAGCGGUGGCGCCCCUCCCGUCGAUCUGGCGGAUCCCUUCAGUAGCGUCCUCAUCAGGCCCGGGUCGCUGAUGCCGCCCGGGGCCACGACCCUGGACGAGGAAACCGAGCGCCAGAUCCAGCUACUGGAGCGAGAGGCCCAGGAGAAGGAACAGCGCAGCCUCGAGCGCGCACGAGUGCGUGCCGCCCGUCGUCAGGAGCGCGAAAGUCGCCGCAAUGAGCAGCGCGCCCUCGAGCGUGGCGAAUGGACCGACCGGAACCUGGCCCUUGGGGCCAUUCACUCGUCGAUCGACCGGUGCCUCGAGCGCCUCGAGCGGGCCAGCGGCAUCCUCAAGUGAAGGCAGCCACCAAAUACACCCCCCCCCCC